GAUUAGCCAAUCCAGAAUCUCCUAGAUGAAAGUCCACUUGUGAUUCGUCCUGAGUAGACCCGAGCCCCGGUGGGCUGAAACUGGCUGGGCUGAGAGGAGUGAGUAGGGGACCCGGGAGAUGCGAAGCCAGGAAACCCAGGAGCACCCAGAAGCCCAGCAGUACCCGUCACACCAGGACCAGCUCAUCACUCGGUGCCCGUGCUCAGCCGCAGCCCCGCAUGGCCGGCACGGUGCUCGGCGUGGGGGCCGGCGUGUUCCUCCUCGCCCUGCUCUGGGUGUCCGUGCUGCUGCUGUGUGUCCUGCUGUCCAGAGCCUCGGGGGUAGCUAGGUUCUCUGUCAUUUUCGCGUUCCUCGGUGCUCUGAUCAUCACAGCCGUUCUGUUGCUCUUCCCUCGAGCCAGUGAAGUCCCAGCCCCCGAGGCAGAGAUGAAGAUCGUAGAUGCCUUUUUCAUUGGCCGCUAUGUCCUGCUGGCCUUCCUCACUGCCGUCUUCCUUGGAAGCCUUUUCUUGGUUCUAAUCCAUCACAUCCUGGAGCCAAUCUAUGCCAAACCACUGCGGUCUUACUGAGCCUCCUUCGGGGAAACCAAGACCUUGUUCUCCUCCUCGCUUUGAUGUCAUUGGUGAGCAGAAAUUGUUCAGAGCUUUGUGUUGACAGCCUUCCUGCUUUAAGAUCAGAGGAUCAUCUCUUCAUCACAAAGACAAAUCCGUUGAGUCCUGGCUUCCAGAAACAGGAUUGCAGAAUUGCCCCCGAGGAGAGAUUCUCACCAGCUUAAGGGGGAUAUCGCCAUCUUCUCAGCACCCGUACUUCAGGUUUCCACCUCUUUUGAAAAGGAAAUAGCAACAGUGAUCUGCGUAGGUUUUCUAUCAAGACAUCAGUAAGUGAAUUUUGAGAAAAAGGGUACUUUAGCUUCUGCUGUCCAACAGACGGAAGGACUUGGUCCUUUUUGAUAAUAUGUGAAAUACUUAAUCUCAAGGACAAGAUCAUUUGGGAGAGAAAGGCCCUCAAAGUUCAAAAGAUUAUUUUAUUUUUUUUUUUUUUUUAGAGUUUUCCUAAGGUUCCUUCUUACUCUUUUUUUUUUUUUUUAAUUAUUAUUAUUUUUUUUUCCAGUGGGUUUUGUCAUACAUUGAUAUGAAUCAGCCAUGGAUUUACAUGUAUUCCCAAUCCCGAUCCCCCCUCCCACCUCCCUCUCCACCCGAUUCCUCUGGGUCUUCCCAGUGCACCAGGCCGGAGCACUUGUCUCGUGCAUCCCACCUGGGCUGGUGAUCUGUUUCACCAUAGAUAGUAUACAUGCUGUUCUUUUGAAAUAUCCCACCCUCACAUUCUCCCACAAAGUUCAAAAGUCUGUUCUGUAUUUCUGUGUCUCUUUUUCUGUUCUGCAUAUAGGGUUAUCGUUAUCACCUUUCUAAAUUCCAUAUACAUGUGUCAGUAUGCUGUAAUGUUCUUUAUCUUUCUGGCUUACUUCACUCUGUAUAAGGGGCUCCAGCUUCAUCCAUCUCAUUAGGACUGGUUCAAAUGAAUUCUUUUUAAUGGCUGAGUAAUAUUCCAUGGUGUAUAUGUACCACAGCUUCCUUAUCCAUUCAUCUGCUGAUGGGCAUCUAGGUUGCUUCCAUGUCCUGGCUAUUAUAAACAGUGCUGCGAUGAACAUUGGGGUGCACGUGUCUCUUUCAGAUCUGGUUUCCUCAGUGUAUAUGCCCAGAAGUGGGAUUGCUGGGUCAUAUGGCAGUGCUAUUUCCAGUUUUUUAAGAAAUCUCCACACUGUUUUCCAUAGCGGCUGUACUAGUUUGCAUUCCCACCAACAGUGUAAGAGGGUUCCCUUUUCUCCACACCCUCUCCCAAAAGAUUAUUUUAAUGUGGUGACUUGGGGACAUGUUAUCAGAUGCCAGCUAUGCAGCACUCUGCAUGUCACACCACGGGGCUCCACAAAGGCCUUGGUAUCACUUCCCGCUGCCUCGAGAAAGCAGUCAACAGCAGCCAGAGGACUGAUUUCACCUCGAUCUCCUGGGCACAGCUUCCUGAAUCUAACAUUUCUAUAGUUCAGGUUCAUGGGGGGAUUAGAGGCAGAGUUUAGAAACAUCAGUCGUGUGUCUGGCGGCUCUCUCUAGAUUCUUCUUCUUCGAGUAUUUGUAGGUCUUUGUUCCUUUAUUUAGUUACUGUAAGUGUCCAUGUUGGGUUAUUGUCAUCUCUUUCAUCUUUGUAGAUCUUUCUCCAAAGCUGAUGAGGAAUGUCUAUCCCCAGGCUUAGGUAUAACUUUAUACCUAAGUUCCCAGACCAAGUGAAAUCUGUCAUUAAAUAGGGGGUGGGGGUGGGCAACUCUAGGCUGUUUCCACUUUGGGAGUCUCAACCUGGCACCCGAGAACUAUUUGAAGGACCUUCUGGCUGAAAAUUAAGAACCAGAAAACAAGUUGGAAAAAGAACUUUGAUAGAGUACAUGCUAUAUGCCAGUAGUGCAUAAGUCUUCCCCCGCCCCCUCCACAAAUGUAAAUGACAAGCUUGUGUGUUAAGGGCAAACAUAUACUUUUGUACAAAGGGUAUUUUAACUCAGCCUACCUUCUGUAGAUCCCAUAACUACUGGCAGUGGUGAAGUGAAUGAUGGAUCACUUUAUAUCUUUAUGCUCAAAGCAGUCAUGUCCAACCCUUAAAGAAAAAAAAAAAAAGAAAACCCACAGGAUUGGGAUAAGAAAUAGAAGGCUGAGAGGGCACAAAAUCACGAAAUGAGUUUCACCAAGUUCUAUGGGGGGGGGGGGUGGGGACCGCAAUAAUCAAUGGUUAACAUGGCACCCCUUGUAUUCAGAGCCUUCCUGGAGACAGAGGUUAGAGCUUAGAGGGCGUCCCUUCAAUACAAACAGAAAUCAUCUCAGUGUCCCCAUUUGUUGUUCUUUGAUCAAUGGCCUCAGCACAGGUUGUGCUACCCAGAGGGAAUCCUAUGGCCAAGAAACUGGUGAUCCUACUGUUUGAGAGGUGGGAGGAGAGCAAGUCAGGGCUUCUGUGUAAGAAAACAGAUUAUUUCAGUUCAGUUCAGUCGCUCAGUCGUGUCCGAUUCUUUGUGACCCCAUGGACCACAGCAUGUCGUCUUAAAAUUGUAUCCUGACAAAGACCGCGUCAGCACAUUACCCCCCACCCGGUGUCUGAUCCACUAGGCGGCGCUGUCUCAAGCUGCAGAACAUGCUAGGUAAUUUUUUGAGAAGUUCUUUCUGUGUCUCGUAGAAGUAAAGCUAAUAUUCUUUACUGAUG